CGAAGCUACGGUUGUUGGCUGUAAUCUCUUGUCCAUUUGGGUUCUCAUUGGAGAGAGGAGAAGGGGAAGAAGAAAAUGGGUUCUUUCAUUUCGAGCUUGUUCGGAGGCGCAGAGGAAGGAUCGGUGUCGUCGGAGCCGUCUCACAUCCUGACAUUUCAUUCAUCCGCUAGAUGGCAGCUCCACUUCAAUUCCGCCAAAGAAUCCCCAAAACUGAUGGUGAUUGAUUUCGCUGCCUCAUGGUGUGGCCCUUGCAAGUUUAUGGAACCGGCGGUGCAUGCCAUGGCUAACAAAUUCACUGAAGUCGAGUUCAUAAAGAUUGAUGUUGAUGAGUUACCUGAUGUGGCACAGGAGUUUGGGGUGCAGGCAAUGCCGACAUUUCUGCUGGUGAAGAAAGGGAAGGAGGUGGACCGGGUGGUUGGUGCACAGAAAGAUGAGCUUGAGAGGAAGAUUGAGAAACACAAGGCACUGCAAGCUGCUGCCUGACAAACUUUCAGUUAAUAUUCUUGCUUUAGUCUGUUUGUUGGAGAAUAAAGAUGAACAAUGUUUGAUCUUUGAUUUGUAAAAACUUUCAAUGAUUAUAAGCAGUUUGGUUCUCAUGGUUCCACAGUUUGUAUUUUUUGGUAUAUUAAAAGGUUAACUGCUUU